AUGUCAGAGAUCGAAAACAAAAGAAGUAAAAAAAAUGAAUUAUUAAUUAGAAAAGAAAAGUUAGAAAAGCUAAUAGCUCAACUAGUAAAUGCCAACUUUAAUAAUAUACAGCGUGUAUUAUUAAACAAAAAAUUAAAAGUUAAUAUUUGCCCAAAUUGGACGGAAAAUGUUUUAUUGGCACGUUUAGAUAAUUGGCUAUUGUAUCAUUUAGAAAUUCUAAAUUCCUGUAUUCUAAAACUUUUUGUAAAUCUUCUAAAUGAUAAAUGUAACUUAUUACUUCAAGUACAAGAUUUAUUUACAAUAGUGACAUUAUAUGAAUUGGCAAAAGAACAUAUAACACAUAAAGAUUUACUGCCUGAAGAUAUAAAAACAAUACAGUUUUGUAUUGACAUUACUAGCGGAGAUAUUACAGCUAAAAUUUUUGAUAAAGAAAAACUAUUAAAAUGUCAAAAAGUACCAGAAAUUUAUAAAAAUAUUAAUAGUUAUUUAUCGUCCCCGUACAUCGUUAAAGUCUGUAAAAAAGACUUUAAACAUAAAUGUCUAAAUGUAAAAGUUAACAAUAUUAUAAAUGCAUUUAUAAAUCUAGAGGAUUUCUCAGAAGAUUCUCUUUGUAAAAUGUUAGAUGACAGGUAUCUUAAUUUAUCUCACGUACCGAUGUUUAUAUCUUCAGAUGAAUUAGAAGACAAAUUACACAAAGAAUUGCUUAUUAAUGAAAUAAAUAUAUAUUUAAAAAGAAUGUACGGGACAAGUUACACAAAUAAGAAAAAAGCAAUAAUUGUAAAUUUACUGGCAUUGGGAAUUCCAUAUUUAAUUGGUAACGUCGAUGUUAAUUAUUUUAAAAAUACUGAAGAGUACUAUAAAAUUUAUUGGAUAUGUAAUAAUGAAAUAAACAAAUAA